UUUUGUUAAUUGCUAUGUAUUAACCGACGACGUGCAUUAUCUUUAGUGUAUUUUUCCAUGGUUAGAUCAUUAACAUAAUUUGUUUACCCAUAAUAUGAGUGACAAAGAUCUCCAAGAGACAGAUAAUUCUAACACACCUGUUUUGAAAUUUCCAUGGCCAGUAUAUAAUCCUUAUUUUGUAAUAAAGAAACACAAAAAGGAUGUAAACUCCAUAGUGGUAGAAUGCAAACUCUGCCUUCCAAAAAAAAAUCAUUUGUCAAUUUCACUUUCCUCAACAUCUAAUAUAAAAAAACAUUUAAAGAGAAAACAUUAUAGCACCUUCAUUAUAUUAGAUAAAAAAUCAAGAUGCACAUCUUUAUUACCAUAUAUUAACAAAAAAUCAAAUGAAUGCACAUCUAUAUCACCAUAUCAUGUUAAAGAUGGACUAUCUUCCAAUGAAUUUUUUGACUCUGUUAAGCCUGAGAAUCUGCCAAAUAAAGUUCUAUCUGGAAAUUUAGAAAAUUUAUCUCUAACUAACUCGGUUAUUGCUGAACAAUAUAAUAAUAAUAAUUUUAGUUCCUUAAUUACUGAGAUAUCUAGAGGAAACCUAUUAGAAGAGUCAGAAAAGAACAAAACUGAGAUAUUACAGGCUAAUGAUCAAGAUCCCACAAAACAUUUAGCCCUAUAUAUAAGUACAGAAAUAGCAACACUACCAACAGAACAUGCUGAAAAAUUUCGAUUAUGGUUAUUAAAUCACUUCUAUCUUGGUAUGCAUACCAUGAGAAAGUGUAUUCAAAAUAAUACUGAUUUUGAUGAUUUUUUAUAAUAUAUUAUUCUCAAAUAACCAUGGUAAUUUAUUUAAUCACUUUAUUAUAGAUAUAAGCAUUUAAAGUAUUAUAAUAAUAAAUAAUACUGUUAUUGAAUUGUAUUUUAUUAGAGAUAUAAUAAUUAUUUUUAUCACUGUGCCAUUUUUACCUAAAAAUUGAAUCCUUUGAUAGUCAUAAUGGUAUUACUCUUAUACCACUUUUUAAAAUCCUUUUAU